GCGGCCGCCGCCGGGCCGAGCGCAGUCGCCUCGGACGCCGUCUCCCGAGCGCCUCGGUCCGAUGCUCGGCGUCCCCUCGGCGCGCAGUCACCCGCCCGCGCCCUCCGCCGCCGCCGCCGCCGCGUCCGUCCCGCCGCCGCCGCCGCCGAGCCGAGCGCCGGCGCUUGAGUAGCUGCGCGGCCGGCGGUUUCCCCACAGCGCCGCUCCCGCUCCCUCUCCGGCUCCGGCUCCCGCCUGAGCGCCGCUCCGAGCCGAGCCCAGCCGAGCCGAGCCUCAGGCCGCCGCCGCCGCCGCCAUGGGCUGCUGGGGCCGCAACCGCGGGCGGCUGCUGUGCAUGCUGCUGCUGACCUUCAUGUUCAUGGUGCUGGAGGUGGUGGUGAGCCGGGUGACCGCGUCGCUCGCCAUGCUGUCCGACUCCUUCCACAUGCUGUCGGACGUGCUGGCGCUCGUGGUGGCGCUGGUGGCCGAGCGCUUCGCCCGGAGGACCCACGCCACGCAGAAGAACACGUUCGGCUGGAUCCGCGCCGAGGUGAUGGGCGCGCUGGUGAACGCCAUCUUCCUGACGGGGCUGUGCUUCGCCAUCCUGCUGGAGGCCGUCGAGCGCUUCAUCGAGCCGCACGAGAUGCAGCAGCCGCUCGUGGUGCUGGGCGUCGGCGUGGCGGGGCUGCUGGUCAACGUGCUGGGGCUCUGCCUGUUCCACCACCACAGCGGCGAGGGCCAGGGCGCGGGCCACGGCCACUCGCACGGCCACGGCGGCCACGGCCACGGCGGCCACGGACACCUCGCCAAGGGCGCGCGCAAGGCGGGCCGCGCCGGGGCCGAGGCGGGCGCGCCGCCGGGACGGGCGCCGGACCAGGAGGAGACCAACACGCUGGUGGCCAACACCAGCAACUCCAACGGGCUCAAGGCGGACCCGGCAGAGCCAGAAAAAACCAGAAGUGAUGACCCAGUGGAUGUACAAGUCAAUGGGAAUCUUAUCCAGGAGCCCGACAAUCUGGAGUCGGAAGACAACAGGGCCGCACAGCUGAACAUGCGGGGAGUGUUUCUGCACGUCCUCGGAGACGCCUUGGGUUCCGUGAUUGUGGUAGUGAACGCCUUGCUCUUUUACUUCUUAUGGCAGGGCUGUUCUGAAGACAACUUCUGCAUAAACCCAUGUUUCCGUGACCCCUGCAGAACGUCCAUAGAGAUCAUCAACAGCACCCAGGCCCCGGUUCUAGAGGCGGGCCCCUGCUGGGUGCUCUACUUAGAUCCAACUCUGUGUGUGAUAAUGGUUUGUAUACUUCUUUACACAACCUACCCGCUGCUUAAGGAAUCUGCUCUCAUCCUUCUACAAACUGUUCCCAAGCAAAUUGAUAUCAGACAUUUGGUAAAAGAGCUUCGAGCUGUGGAAGGCGUUGAGGAGGUUCAUGAGCUGCACGUCUGGCAGCUGGCUGGAAGCAGGAUCAUUGCCACCGCUCACAUCAAAUGUGAGGACCCGACUUCAUACAUGCAGGUGGCCAAAACCAUCAAAGACGUUUUUCACAAUCACGGAAUUCACGCUACCACCAUCCAGCCUGAAUUUGCUAGCGUGGGCUCCAAAUCGAGUGUAGUCCCUUGUGAACUCGCCUGCAGAACUCAGUGCGCUCUGAAGCAAUGCUGUGGGACACGGCCUCAAGUUCAUUCAGUAAAGGAUGCAGAGAAGGCCUCAACAGUUAGCAUUUCUUGUUUAGAACUCAGUGAAAAUCUAGAGAAGAAGCCCAGGAGGACUAAAGCUGAAGGCAACCUCCCUGCUGUGGUGAUAGAGAUUAAAAACGUGCCAAAAAAACAGCCCGAAUCAUCUUUGUGAGCCUUGACAAAAAAAAAAAAGAUGUGAUAUUUGACUUUGCUUUUGAACUGCAAGAGAAAAUAGACUCCAUUGAAAUAACUAAGUUUGCCAAGUAGUGUAAUUGAAGUCCUUGUCUGGUCGCACAGUUUAAUUCUAUUUUUGUAAGAACAUAAUGGAACUGCAUAAUAGAGUGUUCUACAUUACAGCCUUGUGAUUAUCAGUGCAUAGUGCAGCUAUGCUGUAACACGUUUUGAAAGCCAGUUUUAACACUAUGUUACGUUUUUUUGUUUAAAGUAAGUAUAAACUUUAUAUGACAUAAUGACAUUUGAUUCCUGGUUUUCCCAUGGUAAGAAUUAGGGGGAUAAAUAAAAUUGUUACUGGAAUUUCUCUGCUUUUCUCCCCCCCCCCACCAUUGUUAUACAUUAUUUGUUAGAAUUGUAACUGCUGGCCCUUUAAAAUCAUCAAGUUUGUUUCCUUUGAUGUUUUAGGGAAUAGCUACUUGCCCUUUGCGAUCAUAAACGUAACAUAAUGGCAGCGUAUUUUCAGAAUGACUCAUGACUUAGCAGGAAAUAAGAGCAGUUACUAUUCUGUAUUCUCUACUGCUGAGUAGUCUAGUAAACUGAGAAAAUUCUCGAAAUGAAUUAAGAGUUUGCACGCAGUGGAGCAUUGUAGGGGAUAAGAGCAAACCACGUAGGCUAUCAUAUUUAAUACUGAGAUUACAUAUCUAAAUUAUCUUGAGAAAUCUCAAGUGUUUUUUUUUUCUACCAAAGUCACUCUAUAUAGCUCUAUCCAUGUUUGCCAGCACUGAUUUCUUUCAAAGACUGGUAUUAGUGAUGUUGAGCUAAAAGUUUCAAAACGCAUGGCUGUUUUUGAGAAUGAAGACUUAGUCUCUGUUAACUGAAAUUAUUAAUCUUCAAUUGUGUCUUAAAAACCUUUCAUAGUGACGGUCAUGUAGAUUGGAACUUUCUUCCGCACAGCCUGUGCUUUUGCCAAGAGCUUUUGAAAGAAUUGGAUGGUUCAUGCAAAUUGGAUAUCUUAGAGAGCAAAGUGAGUACGGGAAAGUCUGUCUGUAGGUCUUUAAGCCAUCAUGUCUUGGCAUGCUCAGUUUUCCACAUUGCAUGCAGGAAGUCAUCCACAGCUGAUCCUUUGCCACAGAUUUCAUAUCCAACAAACAUUUGAAGAUAUGUUAUAUUUUCCUUGAUCAAGAAAGGUUAAUGCUUUGUGAAGAAAAUGUACUUUUUUUUUUGUCUUCAAAAGAGUGACUAUUAAUUAGUAUCAGUUGUGUAUAGCUCUAUUUUUCUAGAAACAUAGUACUCUGACUACUUCAAUAACUUUUAUAGCUGACUACUUUUGGGAAAGUUCACUUUUGGGACUUGAAAUAAUUCUUUGUUUAAUAAUCUGAACAUGGAAGUGUUAGAGUAUGACCGUUACUUUUGAAGCGAUGGUCUUUCCCUAGUGUAGACAGCCUGUUGCUGGCGAUGGGCCUAUGUAAGAACCGCUGGAUUUUCUGAUGAGAAGUUUGGUUUUUGGAACACAGUUUGUAAGCUCACAUUUACUGCACGAGACCAACCAUCAACUGGCACAAUGCUUCCCCACUAAUGUGCGACCCAACCCCUUGGUGGGUGCUUACUUUGAAUUGUGCAAAAAUUUGCUGGUUUUUUUUUUUUUCCUUUAAGCAUAAAAUUGAGAGAUCUAUGGGGGUGAGUACGAGAGCUCCUGUUGUCUCCAGUACACCCCUGGCUGGCACCACGCAGGUUUUAGCGGUCUCUGCAGUGACACAGCGCGGUGAACUGGUGAAAGCAUAUGCUGCCCAGCCGGUGUUCUUCAGAGGCACUCUGGGUGGGUGCGUGUCGAAGGUGCCCCACAAGUUUGGACAAGGGCUUUGUCGACCUAGUUUUCAGGAAAAGUGGUGCCAUAGGCCUUUUUUUUUCCCCCAAAGGUGUUUCUCAUAGCGAAAUCCAUGGGCACCCACUCACCUUGGAGUUUUAGAGAAUUAUUUAUUUCUUUACAAUGCACUUUCUAACCCAUUUUUAGCUAUAUUAGCAUUAUCUUUAAGAAAAAAAAGACAUGUUUUUAUAUUAAGUGUUGUGGGGCUUCUUCUUCUUGAAAGAAAAUGGGGAGCUACCUUGGCCUCUUGGGACUGUCCUUCCUAUCACUGCAUCGGUCCCAGCCGCGAGCUUCUGAUGGUCCCGUCUCCAACAAGGCCAGUGUGGACCUGUCUGCCCUGUGGCCCUGAGUGAGAAGGCGCUGCCUGCUCCCCAACUGCACUCAACCAGGAAUCUUCCCAAGCCAUGUGGGCCUUGGAAGGAGGGAUUUCGCUUUCCCUGGUCAGCUCUUAGCUUGUAGGAGUAAUUCUUUUCUGGGGGGUGGGUAUCUAUCUACAUUGUAGAAGUACAGGCUAGAACAUGAAAAACAGCCGUUGGGUGUUUUACUGUGUUUUCACAUUAAAAAGAAAAAGAAACGCCGGAUGGCUUUAGCCUGAGGUGUGUGAUUUGAACAGGAAGGGUUUGGAAAGUUGCAGGAAGGUGUUUACAUGUGUGUGUCUUGUCAGCGUCCUGUUAUUUUGAGUUUCUGGAAGUUUUGAGGGGAAAGACAAAACCUAAUGUGAAGUAUUUUGGUGUGUAAACUGGUUUUGAAUGUUUUUACUCUUUUACAAGCAGAUAACCAUUUGGACAAUAAAUGUCAUUAAACCUGCUGUCUUAAGGUAGUCAUACACAAAUAAGGAGUGUGAUUCUACAAUAGAAAAUAUUUUAAUACUAUGUUUCAGUUAAGUGAUAAAACAGUGUUAAGAGGUCUUGGGAAGGUGGAAGGGUUUGUGUUGUCUUUAUUUGUAAUUGAAACUGUCCUAGAGCUUCAUGGUCUGGUCUGGGAAAUGGGACUGUAAUCACACUAUUUUGAUACAGCGCUGCAUAUAUGCAUAACGUAUGUGUAUAUGGUGAUGCUAUUUUGUUUUACUAACAAGCUCUGGAAUAUUUAGCAGUCAUUUUCACUGGCACAAGAGCCUUUUUUAUAUUAAUCAAUUUAAACGUUUAAACCAAAAAAAUAUUAAGGUUCGGUGUCUGGCAGAAAGAUGCUGAGGGAGAAUGUAACGUAGAGUUAAUAUGUGGUUAUAUAAAAAUACACAGACCGCUAUGUUAGGGGUCUGCCUUGAAACAGCACAAUGGAGUGUCAGUGUCUGCGACUCUUUGAGACUUUCCUCGUGUUGGUUUUGUCUGCUGCCACCUGUCCUCUGGGCCAACCGUGCCGUUGACGAGGUUCUCAUCUCGCUGAGCGCUGGUGCAUACAGAACUCAGGUGCAGCAACGCUUUCCCUAGUUGCUGUGUGCUUUAUGACUGUGUGUUAUUUCCAAAGCUCUUCCUACCUCACCACGAGGCUUUAUGGAUUGUUAAUGUAUUAUAAAUGUUCUAUAUGAGACAAGACUACUGUGUUUCUUCUCAUCUAUUAAAAGUCAAGUAAAAAACUA